AUGUCGCGAGCCACAGAUGCGAAGUCCGAAAAGCGAAAAUUUACCGAGAUUGACCAGAGCGUGUCCAUUCGUCCUCAUAGAAAAUCUCACUUCUUAUCAAGAGACUCCCCGGGUGAGAAUUUCCAACAAAACUCGGAUGUUGGGAUCGUGCUACAGAAAACUGUGGUAGAUGAUGAAUCUGAAGCUGGUCUCAAGCUGCUGAAGGAGAAUCACUGGAAGCAGAAUGCAGCGACAUCUGAACAGAACGAACGUUCCCCAGUAGAUCCAACCCUUAUGAAAGUUGCGAUGGAUGAGCCAACGGGACAACCCACUUUACCGAGCGAGCACAAGGACAAAGCUGCGUUACGGCAGGCAAAAUCUGAACUGCGGUCCAAGAAGAAGAGGAAGACAUAUCCAGUAGAUAUGGAGUUUGGCAUGAAGGAAGCUGCGGCUGUUGAGCCGGCCGCCCCCACCACAGACCACCGGAAGCAAGGAGAAAGCGAAGCACAAAAAGCUUCAGAAAUUCACGCUGAUAACCAACCUAAACCAGACUCGAAACAGCGAUUCAUAGUCUUCAUCGGCAACCUGCCCUACACCGCCACUACUGCCGCCAUCCAGUCUCACUUCUCCAAGCUGCAACCUUUUACCGUGCGGCACUCGACCAACAAGGAGACCGGCCGAAGCCGUGGCUUCGCGUUCCUCGAGUUUGAGGGCUACGACAAGAUGAAGACAUGCUUAAAGCUGUUUCAUCAUUCUUUAUUCGAUGCGGGUGUUGACGAAGUUCUUUCAGAGGGUGGGAAGAGAAAGAAACGUCAGGCUCGAAAGAUCAACGUCGAGCUCACAGCUGGUGGUGGGGGCGGAAAGAGCGUAGCGCGGAAGGAGAGGAUAAGAGAUAAAAAUGAGAAGCUUGAGGGUGAGAGGGAAAGGGCGCGGGUUCACAGGGAGAAAGAAGAGGCUGCCGCAAACAGGAAGAAAAAGAGGAAAGAUGAUGAAAUGACAGGAGCCAACGCGGUACAAGUGAUCAGUGGAGAUCAACCCGACGAAAACAUACAUCCUAGUCGGCGAAAGAGGAUGCAAGCAUAG